AAUUCCCUUCUCUGUAACCUAACCCUCUGCUUCGCUUUCUUGACUUCCGAGGUCGCGCGGCUCGCGCUGCAGUGAGGACAUUGCGCACAGUUGCGCAAGGUGGCUGUGGCGAGGACGUCGAUGACCGCCUUGUGCAGUGGCGAGGAUGUCGGCGGUCGCCUCGCGUUAUGGCAAGGACGACGACGACCCCCUUCGCGAUGUAGCGAGGACAACGACCCCCUUCGUGCUUUGGCGAGGGAUGCCCACUGCCCCUCGCGCGGCGACGAGGAUGCCCACAGCCGCCUCGCGCAGCGGCCCCAAGGUUGCCUCUCCCGAUCACGAGGACGCCCGCAACUGCCUCACACGGGGCGUGCCUCUUGUCUAUCGCACUGUCAAUGAUUUACAUCCACUUGCCAUUGUGAUGGAUGGGAGAGACCAAAUGCCGCCAACAGAAAUGGCAUUGGAUUGAAGCGGAAUAAAGAUAUUUUUCUUGAUUUAUAUGGUUUAUUAUAUUUUUCAUUGAGGUUAGAUGAGCAUUUAUAUUCCUUCCACAUAGUACUAGGUUAACUAUGCUUUGUAUUGUUAUAAAGGCGCCUUGAUUUGGUAAAUUCAAGAUUAUUUUGUUCUCUUGUAUUAUUUUUCUUAGAUGUAAGAAAUUGUGUUUUUUUUUCAACAGUCCAUCUUAUGCUCUUGUUAUACAAAUACCAAUUAGCUAGCUUACUUGAAUGAGGCAAUUCCCAAGUUCUAAAAUUUUAUUAGCAUUCCCAAGAUUUUUCUUUCUAAUACCAAAUCUAAGCAGAUUUUAAGCUUUUUUUUAAAUGAAAUUUUUAUCGUUGAUAUUAAAUAAAAUUUAUAUCUUUGAUAUGGUUAAAACUGUUUUGCAUGAAUUAGUGAAACUAUGAGGUACUGCUAUAAAGGAUAUCUCUUUAUGGGAGCGUCACAGAUCAUAUUUGCUUAUAUUGACCUAAAUCUUUUGGUAAAUCUGAUAGGGUAAGGUGAUCUUGAGGUAUAAUUUUCUUUUGCAAGCAAUUAUAAGUCUUUGUUAGUUAUGUUGGUGGCAACAAGUGUGGAUAUACUUGAUGUUUAUGAUAUUAUUUUUGUUUGAAAUUGUGAAUUGAUUUUUAUUCUUCUUGUAAUACAGGUAAAAUAAAUUAUGAAUACAUUAGUACUUUCUGAUUUUCUCCUUUGACCACUACUGAUAUGGUUAUCAACUUGCUUAA